AACUUCAACUUCACCCUCACCAACGGUCACAAAUCACACUCUGGCUUCUCUCUCAAGCCAUGCUAAAUCUUGAAAUCUCUCUACCGUUCUCUCUCCCUCUCUAAAUUGGACAAUGGCGACUGGUUUAUUGCAGCUCCCUCUUCCUUCUAACCCUAAUUCCUGCUUCAGUUACGUCACAAACACACGUUUUUUCUACUUCGACUUCAAUCACCGCCUCCAAAAACGAAGCCGUCACUGUCUCUUCCCGGAACGACGGCGUUCCUAUCUCCGAACUCGAUUGACCCCCAACAUCACCGUCUCGAACUCCCUCGAAACCAAGCCCCGACUAGAUAACUCACCGUUUGAAAAUUUAAGCCAGUCCAAGGACUCACCGAUUCUUCUCGAUGUUUCGGGAAUGAUGUGCGGCGGGUGCGCGUCCCGAGUCAAGUCGGUUCUCUCUUCCGACAACCGGGUGGACUCGGUUGUCGUCAAUAUGCUGACCGAGACUGCGGCUGUACGUUUGAAACCGGAGGCUCUGGAGAGCGAGGUUCCGGCCGACGUUGCGGAGAGAUUGGCGAGGAGAUUGACGGAAUGUGGCUUUGAGACGAAAAUGAGGGUUUCGGGAGUAGGAGUGGCGGAGAAUGUGAAGAAGUGGAAGGAGACGAUGAAGAAGAAAGAAGAGUUGCUGGUAAAGAGCAGGAAUCGCGUUGCGUUUGCGUGGACUUUGGUGGCUCUUUGUUGUGGAUCCCACGCCUCGCACAUUUUGCACUCUUUGGGGAUUCAUAUUGCUCACGGUUCAUUCUGGGAAGUGCUGCACAAUUCCUAUGUAAAAGGUGGUUUAGCUUUGGUAGCUCUGUUCGGACCAGGAAGAGACUUGCUAUUUGAUGGUAUAAAGGCAUUCAAGAAGGGCUCGCCAAAUAUGAACUCCCUUGUAGGAUUUGGAUCUGUUGCAGCAUUUAUCAUAAGCGUGGUUUCACUUCUUAACCCUGGGCUUGACUGGGAUGCAUCAUUUUUUGAUGAACCGGUCAUGCUUCUUGGUUUUGUGCUUCUUGGGCGUUCACUGGAAGAAAGGGCCAGAAUCAGGGCAUCAAGUGAUAUGAAUGAACUUUUGUCACUCGUGUCCACUCUGUCAAGACUAGUGAUUACUUCAUCGGAAAGUGAAUCUUCUGCUGAUAGUGUACUUUGCUCUGAUGCAAUGUGCUUAGAGGUCCCAACUGAUGAUGUGCGAGUUGGAGAUACUGUAUUGGUUUUGCCUGGAGAAACUAUCCCAGUAGAUGGUAGAGUUCUUGCGGGAAGAAGUGUAGUGGAUGAAUCCAUGCUCACUGGGGAAUCACUCCCUGUGUUUAAGGAGGAAGGCCUUGCAGUCUCUGCUGGAACAAUAAACUGGGAUGGUCCUUUAAGGAUCGAAGCUUUGUCCACUGGUUCUGAUUCAACAAUAUCAAAGAUUGUCCACAUGGUUGAAGAUGCUCAAGGCCGUGAAGCACCUAUACAGAGGCUUGCAGAUUCAAUUGCUGGGCCAUUCGUAUAUAGCGUGAUGACUCUUUCGGCAGCGACUUUUGCAUUUUGGUACUAUAUUGGGUCACACAUUUUUCCUGAUGUUUUACUCAAUGAUAUUGCGGGGCCUGAUGGAGAUCCAUUGCUCUUAAGCUUGAAACUUUCUAUAGAUGUCCUGGUAGUUUCCUGCCCAUGUGCACUAGGCCUUGCCACACCUACUGCAAUCCUAGUUGGGACCUCUGUUGGUGCAAAGAAAGGGCUUCUUAUAAGAGGAGCAGAUGUGCUGGAACGCUGUGCCAGCAUUGACUAUAUUGCUUUAGACAAGACAGGAACACUCACAGAAGGAAAACCAUCUGUCUCCUCCAUGGCUUGUUUGGAUUAUGAAGAGACGGAAAUUCUUCGAAUUGCUGCUGCUGUGGAGAAAACAGCAUCACAUCCAAUUGCAAAGGCUAUUUUGAACAAAGCAGAAUCUUUGAAUUUGACUAUCCCAGUCACCACUGGGCAGAUAACACAACCAGGCUUUGGUACCAUGGCAGAAGUAGAUGGACAUCUGGUUGCUGUUGGUAGUUUGGAAUGGGUUCAUGAACGAUUCCAGAGAAGACAAAUGUUGUCUGAUAUAAAAAAAUUGGAACAUGCUGUGUUGUAUGAAUCAUCAGAAGAAAUAUUAUCAUCUAACUAUUCAAAAACAGCUGUGUUCGUUGGGCGUGAAGGUGAUGGCAUCAUUGGUGCUAUUGGGAUAUCCGACAGUUUGAGGCAUGAUGCUAAAUUUGCUGUAAGGAGGCUCCAGCAGAAGGGCAUAAAUACAGUUCUCCUAUCAGGGGACAGGCAAGAGGCUGUCAAUUCCGUGGCAAAGACAGUUGGAAUAGGAAGUAAUUCUAUCUAUGCAUCCUUGACUCCUCAGCAGAAAUCUGGGAUUAUAUCACGUCUUCAAGCUGCAGGACAUUGUGUUGCAAUGGUUGGUGAUGGGAUGAAUGAUGCGCCCUCUUUGGCUCUAGCUGAUAUCGGUAUUGCUCUGCAGAAUGAUUCACGAGAAAAUGCUGCAUCUGAUGCUGCAUCCAUUAUUCUUCUUGGAAACAAACUCUCACAAGUUGUAGAUGCUCUAGAUCUUGCACAAGCCACAAUGGCUAAAGUGUAUCAGAAUUUAUCAUGGGCAGUGGCAUAUAAUGUUGUCACCAUUCCCAUUGCUGCUGGAGUACUUCUUCCCCAAUAUGAUUUUGUAAUGACUCCCUCAGUUUCAGGUGGACUAAUGGCUUUGAGCUCAAUAUUUGUGGUCACCAACUCAUUGCUUCUACAACUCCAUGGGUCUGAGAGGAGCAAAACAUGCUAACUUCCCUUUCUCAUGCCAGAUGAUCCCCACCCCUUCAAAGUCUGAAAUUAUGGGGGAGUUGGUUCCCCUUUUUGACUGCACUGUAUAUGCUGCCUAUUAAUCUUGGGUCAUCGUCCUCUUUUCAUCCUCUCUAGAGCUGUAUGUAGGUGCAUGGAUCUUGUGUUGCGUUAACGGUUGUCUUCUUGACUUGAUCAGAUCAUUCUGCAUGAUGCAUAUGAUUCAUGGCUUGUGUAUUCAAUUUACACGACUUGAAAGUAUGUAGGCUGAAUGAUUAGUGGUAAUGUGUUUUGCUUAUGUUUUGUGUUCUUCGCAUGCCAACACAAGCUAAAGUAGGCGAGCGGAGCAAGGCUCCAGCAGCUUGAUGAUUAAGAAGGAAGGUGAUAAUGGACUGUCAUUGCACAUGCUUGGCAAUAAGACCAAUUGGAGUGCACAAAGAGACGGCUAAUCUCAGAAGACCAGCCUUGAGAGUUGAACUAGAAUUGCCAACAAUGAUUGGAACUCUAGGGAAGACAUCAAUAGAAAGAAAAAGGAAAAGUUCAGGUUUUUCCCUGCACAUAAUAGCGCACUGCGCGUUGUUAUUGAGGAUGGAGUUGAAGCUCGAUAUUAGCUGGUCCGGCAAUGUGAGACUCAGAAGACUAGUCAAUAUUUGAUUUCUUAAGAGCUUCAACCUGAUGGGCUGAACUUCUGGACUCGGACAUUGAGCUUAAUUAGGCCGUGGGCAAUGUUAUGCUUUUGGUUUGUGGACCUGUCAAAAUGUUGCCUUGGUUGUGGACUUUAUAUGAUGGUGUUUGA